GUCUAAUUCUGUCUGUAUGUCAAACUACUUGUCUGUCUCCAUUACCUAAACAGGCUUCUACAGAGCCUGACUUGAAGACAAUAUAAACGCCAUACGGGAUAUACAAUUAAUUAUACACGGAGUGGAUUGUUAUUCAAGGUCCAUGUCACGUUCAUUCUAAGAGAAGCACCUCUUUUUAUCUUCCAUAAUGGCCAAUUGCUCUUUGUUAAUCAUUUAUUUCCUCCUAAAUUGGGUUUCUUUUCUCCUUCCUUUGUGCCCUGUCCCUUUUUGUGCUUCUGCGGUUACUGAGCGGAAGGAAGGAAAAGCAUUAGCAUAGCACUCACAUGCUAAUCCACCCGGGGAGUGAAAAGGGGGCUUGUUCUUAGACCUUUUUCAUUAUCAUCUAAUUAUUAACUGAGGAUUCUGAGAACUGCUAACAGGGGCUGAGAAGUAUAGGGAGGUGUGUGUGAAUGUUGCAGGGCGAGGGUGUGUGCAGCGCCGGUGUGUAUCUUUUUUUAUGUGCAUUUCCUGUUUGUUUAAAGGGAGGCUCUCUUUGCAAUUCCUAUCUUUUGAUCUUUUGAUGCUGCACAAACUCGAUUCCAGAAGGUUACACAGAUUAUUUUUUUUUCUCAGUCUGUAUAAUACCCCGUAUAAUUUAGGGUAUUGCUGCUGCUUUGUGCAUCCAAACAAGGGAAAAGAAAGACAUGACGCGUACAUAUAACAAUGGCAGUUGAUGCGGGGAAUAUCUUAACUUAACAAAACUAAUUCAAAUAGCUGAAGGGUGCUGUUUUUGGUGAACAGAUGUCAUUCCAAUUUAGUUAACAUUAAAGGAAUCGGUGAUCGUGCCUAUUCGGCUGAAUCAGAGGACACAUUUGGGGUGGGAGAUGCAUUUUACAUACUGACAACGACAAGGGAAGAGGCUUGAAAACGACUUUUAUCUGCCAAGACAUCCGCAGGGGGCAGUUAGAGGGAGCGGAGCACACGGCCUUUAUCUCCCUGGCAGGCCCUCAGUGGACCACAUCACGCUGCUUAUCAACUGCACGGAUGUCGCCAGAGAGUUGAAAUGAUUAGACGUCCCUUAGAUUAAACUUGGUGCUCUUUUUUUCUUUCUCGUUGUGCAUGUUAGAGAAGUCCUUGAAAAUGUGAGCCUGUACGACCUGGAAAGUCCCCAAAAAGCCGUAAAAAUGUAAAAGAGUAAAAGUGAGAAGUGAGACACCUGGAUCAUGACCUCUGCCACAAUGUCUAGUGCAAGGACGGGUCAGACACUAAUUGCUGAGCUAAUUAAAGAAAAGGGAAGAGAGUGACCAUUGUGUUAAGGACAAAGGUUGCUGACCUAAUUGGGUUCUAUGAUACAUACUGCCAUUUUAACAUUGCUGACUUUGCAGUUGCCCUUAUUCGUUGAAUUAUUGCAGCCACCCUGUUGGGCGAUAUUCUGAUGAUAUUGUAAGAAAGAGAAAUAUACAUGACUUUUUUUUAUUGUGGGCCGGAGAAAUUGCAUUGCUUGUUAACUUAGCCCAGAUAGUAUCUUGCAUUCUGCGAUGACUUUGAUGUCACAUCUCUCUUCCCAUUUUGGGGGAUAAUUAUACUCAAGUUGGAAGCCAAUUUUACGCAUAAGUUUUCCCCAACUCCCUUUAAAUUUAAAUUUGAGAUAUCGGGAUGAAAGCCACCUUCAUUAUUUGCACUCUAUGCAUCAUUUCUAGCCCAUUUUUUAUGCUUUCAUUUUUCACUGUUGGCUUCUCUUUGAAUUAUAAUGUCCCCCUUGAUGUAUUUUAUUCCGGCGGCAAAUUAUGGGAGUAAUGGAAGGUAUUCCAGUUCACGUCUCAUUUUCUGCUAGUGAAGGGAUUUCCCUGGAGAAGCCUUUUUCUCCCUUGUGUUCCUCCUGCAUCUCGAGCACCUCCCCCUUGACAAAUGUGUGGUAAUGGAAGAGUUGUUGUGAAAUGGCCAUUAUUUUCUAAAUGGAAUCUGACCACGCUCAGGCUUUUAGCUCUUCAGAUGUGCGUGCUCCGAUGAGACAGGUUGCACUGAGCAUUUUGAAGUGGGCAUGUCACCGAGGGACAGAUGUUGAGCGGAGGAGGGGAGUGCACACCAAAAAAGGGGGAAAACUGAGGAAACACUCUUUUUUUGUUGUUGCUGGCACCCGAGUUAAAUGAAAACCGCUCUCUCUAUUCUUCCUUUUUGAGGGGAAGGUAAUCAUGUUUCGGCACCUCGUCACCGAAAAAUCUGUUGUGUAGUUGACUCGCCUCAGCCGCCCUGAGGGAUGAAUGAAAGGAAAAAUUCAAAAGAAACGUAUAAGAGCGAACAAGAGAAAGAGGUGAUGUGACCGUCAUGUGCUGCUGUCUUAUAUUGGUCUUGUUGGGUGACUCCUGCACUGCAACCCAAAUACUGUGUUUCUUUCCAUAUGGAUUUUUUGGACUCAUCAUCUCUCGCUAAGGUUAUACGUUCGUCACAUGGUUUUGCACCUGAUUCAGACACAAUAAGAAGUCUUUUUUUGGUUGCCCCGGGGGGGUUUUAGUUUUGCGGUGCUAGCAUUCAAACUUGAUGACUCUCUCAGAUAAUCAAAGAGAAUGUUGAAUGCGACCACUGAAAUAUUCCCUUAAUGCCUGGCUUUAUCCCAAAAUGAUUGCUUCAAUGAUUGCUGAGGCGCCUUCUCCUCCAGACUCAUUUCCUCUUGACAAUUCGUAACAUUGUAAACAGCGCAGCCCAUCCGAGGGAGUGGGCUGCCUUUGGCUUUCACUGCUGAUACGAACGUACAUUUCAUAGAAGAAUAGAUCCAGGUCUGAGGGCGAGUUAAAAACUGAGCCCGAGGCAACAGCCGGCCCCUGUGAAUGAUCAGUGUGAUUGUAGCCGACAGAACAAGGCUGAUAAGAGGAAAGAGCCACCGUGCCAGCUGAGAAGAAGGAGAUGAAGUUGUCAUUAAAUGACAUGACUUUUUGGAACACGCAUCUCAGCAGUUCUAACAGAGGCACCCACUGUACAGUUUUAGUGGAUAAAAGUACCCAACAGUUUGCAGAGUUUCAAAUAUAAAACCUGCUGAGUUGGCCAAUGGUGAACAUAAUAAAUGUGUCCCCGCUGAAGAACGGCCGUUGCCAUUCAGGUUUACCCCGGCCGUGUGCAGCCCUAGACAACCAUCAUGCUGGCCUGUAUCCAGAGACGGCAGAAUCUCUCGUUGCAGAAUCUGGCCUGCGUACCCAAAAGCCUUGAUGUUCCACCACCGCCGUUGCUGCUGUCGGUACCACCACUGCAGCCGUGCGCCCACAAAGGGAAGCCAGCCCCCAUGAUUUCUCGGUACCCUUCUCCUGCAGAGUUGGAUGCUUUUGCCCAGCGGACCGCCAAGAGCCCACUGUCCAUCAAAAUCUUUCAGUCUGAGGUCCGGGUGCCACAACACAAACAGCUGAACAAAACGGUCAACGGGUUGGACACCACAGGCCAACACCACAGCCCCUAUUCGCACCAGCACUCGGGAGGCCACCGGGGGCUGUUGGCCGUCAUCAAAGCCUCCGUGGCAGUCAAAGGUGUGGUGAAGAGCUGCGAGGGCAGGAGGACUAAACACGCCAGCGCCCACGCCACUUUGCUGCCGUAUGAUAAUCCUCUGAACAACAGCUACGCGGCGAGACACGGGCACAAGGCGUAUCACACGAGCUCGUGUAAGCCGCGCGACGUUCCCGUUGAGGCACUUUGUGCCUCCAGGGAGCCGAGCCUGGCCCCCCAGUCUGAGCUGGCGGAGGUUCAGAGCCUGAUGAGGCAGAUGAGCCGAGUUCCCCACAGCCAGGCCCCGCAGCUGGGGGGAGAGGCUCGCGCCAGCCCCUCUCUGCAGGCCGUGGCUGCGGUGGCGCACUCGGACUCGGACUUUGGCCCGGGGGUGCCGCCCCAGAGCGGCCUCGCUUUCACGGGGGCUGCCGUGCUGCCGACGCAGAGUGCCGACGUGGCCAAAGCCGGCUACUUGGAGAAGGGAGACUACGCGAUGUGGCAGCACAAACAUCAAAUCCAGCAGCAGCCCUAUCAGCAGGGAGCAGUGAGGAUGUACAGUCUGAGCAACAGAGAGUCUCCUGGCACCUGCCUGCCCCUGCCGUGCUCCUCCUCCCAGCUGCCGUACAGGCCUCACCGGGAGCCGGACGGCGGCUCCGCUCUGAAGCGCGAGUUCUCCGUCGGACAGUACUACGCCCCGCUCUGGGACGGUGUCGUGGCCGCCCCUCACAGCGACCGCUACGCUUCUCAGGUGCUGGAGGCGGCAGCGGCGGCGGGCACACGCGCGUCCAGGCUCGGGGACCUUGGGCUGCCCCUGCCCCAUCCCCGUCUGCACGCCGGUCACCGGCAUCACUUCGCCCCGCCGGCGAGACGCCAGCCGCAGCUCCACCCUCCCGUCCCGCCCCCCCACGCCCGGCCCUACGGCACGGACCAAAACCCGUGUUGCGGGGCGCCCGGUUCCAGCGUGUGCCACGCGGCAGUGCUCGGCAGCGGCAGCAGCAGCUGCCUGCAGUCUCUGGAGUGCCUCAUCAGUGAGAUCCAGCCUCCCUGCAUCAAAGAGCGCAUGCUGGGCCGCGGGUACGAAGCCAUGGGGAUGCCUCAGCUCCUGGAGCACCAGCAGCAAGCCCACAUCCAGCUCCCCGUCUACAGAUGAGGCACACAGCGGGACGCAGAAGAAGAGACGAGCCUUUUGGGGAUAAUAGCAGUGUGUCAGUUUAGAUUUGUGUGAAAAGGAGACAUGCCUUUUUCGUUUGUGCAUGAAGUCUGUAUGUAGACGAGGCGUUGAAAAGGUGAACGAUAAUCAUGAACUAAGAUACAGGUUUAUCUCGAGGACUCGUUUUUAAUAUUUUAUAUAUGAAAUGGCCAUUCAAUAUGCCGGCUGUUCCUCAUUUAAUGCUGAUGCUGAGCACUUAAUCAGAAUUUCCCAUUAUAUUUGAAAGCAAACUGUGCUUUGCGUGUUAUUCCUCGGUAAGCCUGUGAAACAAGUUGCUGAACAGAAAUAAUCGUUGUGCCCUUCUGAAACAUUUCUUUGAAGAAGGGUCGUUCGUGACAGAUUUUUGUGAAUAUGUUUCAUCUUUUUUUUAUACAUAAAAUGUCUCAUUUGAACAUUACUCAGUUAUAAAUUGAACUUUUGGUUGUCUUCUGCGUUUUUAAAUUCCGUCCUCUCUUUCAGUGACUGUGGUAACUUCUGCAGAAUGAUGCAAAUUUCCUGGCCGUCUUUUGAGGAAGAUUUUGAUCAUUUGUAUACAAAUGUGAAUUGUUUUAUUUGGUUUUGUUAAGCAGCCAUAGAGAAAGUUAUUCAAGCCAACCUCUUGAUUGGUUCAAAGUAGUCCUGCUCAGUAUAAUGUAUUGGGAUUGUCGCAUAUCCAAACCAACAGGCCAAGCAAGAUGUGCCCUUUGCUUGUGUUUUUCUUUACCUUUUUUUUUAUUUGAAGAGGACGCUUGGAUGAAAUAAUCUCUGGAAGGUUGCGACACUGUUACAUAUUGCCUCGGUAUAGAUGAGUGCCAUGUUGCCGAGCAGGCCACCAUAAUCAUUUACGUCAUCUUCGUUGUAGGGCUAUAUUAUCUCUGCUGGUGUGAGACGUCUGACUGAGUAGUUUUCUGUGUGUCUGCACUGGUUCUGUGAUACUAUUUAUUCAUGUCGGCCUAAUGAGCCAUUUGGCAAAGCGUCUCUAUAAUUAUGAAGUGCAAUUAUUAUACAUGAACAGGUGAGCGCUCUCCGUGAAGUAUGUUGUUGAAAUAACUACAUUUUGCAUUGUAUGACCCUAAUCCCUCAGCCCUUUUGCCUCUUCUUAAUAAGGAUUGUGAAGUAAAUGGAAUUUUCUAAAACUCA